AGAGAGAGAGAGAGAAGGCAAACAUCUGGGUGGGACCCUGGAGAUCCCAUUAGCAUCUCAGCUUUGAACCCAAUAUCACACACUGGGGACAAACUGUUAGGAUACAAUUAAUAACCCACAGCGCUGUGCGUUUGGAGACGUUGCUGCGAAUCGGAGGGGAAUUGAGUGGAGGCAGAACAGAGGGCGAGAAAGGAAAACAGAGAGAACCCCCUCUGAUCCACAACGGGGGCACCGCCCGCCCUCACCCACAGUUAGUGUUGCGCCCCGAAUAGUCUUCGCGGAAAAAGAACGUGAAAACCACGAGCACAGAAAGGGAACAUUUUUGCUCAGUGGGUCUGAGGCGGUAUGUGGAAAGGGGGCGUUCACUCCUGUGUGAGAGUGUGUGUGUGUGUGUGUAGUGAGUGUGUAGUGAGUGUGUAGUUUGGCUUCACACCAACACAGCAUUCGGCUGAGAUCUUUGUUAGACUCGGGGACAGAGAGACCGUGAUUCACAGUGACGAUAAAGCAAGGUGAGUGAGGGGUUGGAGACCGCUGGAACCUUAACCCACGGGAAGCCUUGGAAGUGUGUGUGUGCGUGUGUGUGUGUGUUGAAGAAGCCACAAUGCCCUUGAGGAGGUCAGCGAGCAGCCGGGGGCUUUUGUAGGAUAAUAAUCAUAACAACAAUAAUAAUUAUUAUUGGAUAGAGGGGAUGCCUGAGCCCUACCCAGCUGAGACCAUGAGCACCUUAAACAAGUACUACAACAAGCAUCUGAUAGCUGUGCACUAUAACCACACGGGCAAGCUUGACCACAGCAAAUACCAGACCAUGGAACUCAGUUACAUCUCCAUCUUCUUCAUCGUCCUGUGUUCGUUCAUCGUGCUCGAGAACCUGCUGGUGCUGGUGGCCAUCUGCAGGUACAAGAAGUUCCACUCGGCCAUGUUCUAUUUCAUCGGCAACCUGGCCCUGUCCGACCUGCUCGCCGGGCUGGCCUACAUCUUCAACGUGGUCUUCUCGGGAGGCAAGACUCUGACCCUGACUCCCCUGCAGUGGUUCGUCCGGGAGGGGACCAUGUUCAUCACCCUGGCGGCCUCCGUCUUCAGCCUCUUGGCCAUCGCCAUCGAGAGGCACGCGGCGAUCGUGCAGGUCAAGCUGUACGGCAGCGAGAAGAACAGCCGAAUGUGCCUGCUGAUCAGCGGCUGUUGGAUUCUCUCGAUGCUGCUCGGGGGGAUGCCUUUGAUGGGCUGGAACUGCAUGGACGACCUCCUGCAGUGUUCGAUCGUGCUGCCGCUCUACUCCAAGCGCUACAUUCUCUUCGUCCUGACCGUCCUGACUGUCAUUCUCCUGUCCAUCGUCAUCCUGUACGUAAGGAUCUAUCUGAUCGUCAGGUCCAGUCACCAUGAGGCAGCAGCGUCACAGAACCUGGCGCUGCUCAAGACGGUCACCAUCGUGCUGGGAGUCUUUAUCGUGUGUUGGGCGCCAGCGUUUAUCAUUCUUCUCUUCGACGUGGCCUGCAUGGGCCAGGCCUGCAAGAUCCUGUACAAGGCGGAGUAUUUUCUAGGCCUGGCCACCCUGAACUCAGCCAUGAACCCCAUCAUCUACACGCUGCGGAGCAAGGACAUGCGCAGGGCCUUCCUGAAGGUGAUCUGCUGCUGCGGGUUCCUGGGAGACGGCUGGAGGCCGGAGAAGUGCCUCUUGGCUCUGCGCAGCACCAGCACCUCGGAGCGAUCGUACCACAGGCACGAGUCCCCGGACUCCCCCAUGAUGCCCGAGUGCACCACGUGUGUGUGAAUCGCCCGUGGCACGCACAGCACCGCAAUGGAGGGUGAGGCUCGCGGCACACACAUACACACACAGAGACAGCCCCGUAACAGGGGUGAUGCUCACAC